UCACGCAAGCACGGCAUGACGAACCCACCUCCGGGGCCAUGGCAGCUGCCGGUCAUCGGCAGCCUGCACCACCUCGUCGGCGCGCUCCCGCACCGCGCCAUGCGGGACCUCGCCCUCCGGCACGGCCCUCUUAUGCUGCUCCGCAUGGGUGAGCUCCCCGUCGUGGUGGCCUCCUCGGCCGAGGCCGCGAGGGAGGUCAUGAAGACCCACGACGUCGCGUUUGCUACCCGGCCCGGGACCCACACCUUCGCCACGCUCGCCAGCGACAGCCUCGGCAUCGUCCUCGCGCCGCACGGUGAGCACUGGCGCCAGGUCCGCAAGCUCUGCGUCAACGAGCUGCUCAGCGCGCGGCGGGUCCGGUCCUUCCGGGGGUCCCGCGAGGCGGAGGCUUCCAGCCUCGUCGCGUCGCUGGCGUCCGCGUCACUGGCGUCGGAGGCGCCGGUGAACGUCAGCCCCCUGAUCUCCACUUUCGUCGCCGACGCGGUGAUGAGCGCCGUGGUGGGCGACAGGAUCGGGAACCGUGAUGCCUUCUUGGAGGGCCUGAACGAGGGCCUCCAGGUCGCUGUCGGGUUCAGCCUCCCCGACCUGUUCCCUUCGUCGCGCCUCGCACGCGCGCUCAGCGGGACGGCGCGACGGGUGGACGCGGUGGUCCGCAAGAUGGUCCGGCUCAUGGACGGCGUCAUCGAGGAGAAACGCGCGAGGUCAGCAGCCGGCGCCGGUGAGGAGGACCAAGACCUCCUCGACGUGCUGCUGCGCAUCCAUGCGGACGGCGGGCCUCUGGACAUGGGAACCAUCCGUGCCGUGAUCAGGGAUCUUUUCGGGGCCGGGAGCGAGUCCUCGUCGACGACGAUCCAGUGGGCCAUGGCAGAGCUCAUGCGGAACCCGGCGGCGCUCCGGAGGGCGCAGGCGGAGGUGCGUGGCGCGCUCGCCGGGCAGAGCCGCGUCUCGGAGGACGCCCUGCCGGAGCUACGCUACGUGCAGCUGGUGAUCAAGGAGACGCUCCGGCUGCACGCGCCGCUGCCGCUGCUCCUCCCGCGGGAGUGCCGGGAGCCCUGCCGCGUCCUCGGCUACGACGUGCCACAGGGCGCCAUGGUGCUCGUCAAUGCGUGGGCGAUCGGCCGAGACGCCGCGACCUGGGGCCCCGACGCUGAGGAGUUCAGGCCGGAGAGGUUCGAGGAGGCCGCGGCGGCGGACUUCAGGGGCACGGACUUCGAGUUCGUUCCGUUCGGGGCGGGCCGGAGAAUGUGCCCCGGGAUAUCAUUCGGGCUCGCCGUAAUGGAGCUCGCGCUGGCGAGCCUCCUCUUCCACUUCGACUGGGAGCUUCCAGGAGGCGCCGGUGAGCUGGACAUGGCGGAGGCGCUCGCGAUCACCGCAAGCAGGAAGUCAGACUUGUUGCUGCGCGCCACCGUGCGUGUUCCUGCCGUCCCGCCACCUCAUAAAUGCUAG